AGGAGCAGCAGCGCCCCCGGCUGCAAGGGGCUCCCCACACACCACACCCCAAGGCCCCUCUCGGCGGACAGGGAAGGGCCCAGGGCUAAGCCCCGAGGAAGGCUCCACACUGGGCAGCAGGAGCAGCCGCCGCCGCCGCCGCGCGCGUCCGGGGGCCGACCUGAAAGGGAAGCAGAGACACGAAAGGGACGGUGAGAGCAGUCAAGGACGCGGGGCCGCAAGCGCUCUCCGCUCCCUCCCGUCUCCCGAAAGACACCCGCUCGCCCUCACUCUGGCCGGGGCUCUGCUCCAUAACGGCUCCUGGGCGGAACGUUCCGCGCAGCGCGCCGUGUUUGCGCCCGGACGGCUUUUCCUUUUCUCUCGCCGGCCUUUCCCAGAGGAGGCGGGAGCGUGUUGCCACGGAGACUCGUCCCUUUUCCGGUUCGGAGGCGGAUGUUUGUGAAAGGGGGGUUUGACAGGCGGGAGUGGCGGCUGCUGGCGAGCGGAGGAGCGCUCAGGGAGCGCGCAGCGCAGGAACUCCGUACUGGGCGCGCGUCGUCGGCGUCGGGGCUGCAUUCCCUUCCCCCCACCGCGCACACCUUCAUGAGAUAAAUAGUGAGUGGAGGCCCAGGCGCCGCUUCGAGGGGCGGGGCUGCUUUUGGGUUUAUUCUCUUGCUUAUGGGGGGGGGGAAGCGGGGGGCUGGGGACGAAGUUGAGGGAGGGCGCAUGCGUCGACUCCAGCCUCAGCGUGACUUUCGGUGGGAAGGAGGGAGGUCUCUUGUCAAGCAGGGGCCGCUGCCAGGCUUCUGGGCUGGGCUUCUGUCUCGACCCUCCCACCAUCUCCGUGGGUGUCGUCGUUCUCAGGGCUGCCAGGUUCAGAUCUAUGUCAGAUUUUGGAAGACGCCCCCCCCCGCUCCCUCAGCAACCCAAGGGGCCCCCAUGCCUUUGUUGUUAAGGAGCCCCCCUCGCCCUCGGUCCUUUCCUGAAGAUCUUUUUUGGUGCUGGAGGUGGAGGUGCCUACACUGGGGAGACUUUUAGGAGUGUGCGCGUGUGUGCAGGUGCUUAAAGGCGGCGGGGGUGGGGAGAGAUGGGAAACAUUCGUUUACUUUAAAGUGAACUGAUUUUAGCACCCAAACCAUUGCCACCUGUGCACAUUGCACACUUUUUUUGGGGGGGGGAAAUACUUGCAAUUUGGGAAAUACUUGCAACUGAGUUAAGCAGGGGUAGUAAGGUCAAGGGGUGUGGGUUGCUUAAAAGCAAACAUAUAAAGACUUUCCCACCACAAAAAUAGUGCCAGAACUCCCCAUUUCUAUUGAAUGGGGCUUGUCACAGAGUAGUGUCGGAUGACUGCGUGUUGGCCUCCUGUCCGUUACGCAGAAGGGUGCUGGAGUGAAUUGUGAUGUCUCCACUGCCAUCUGUAUGAAGCUGUUGGGUUCCACUAGGGACCCCAUUUGUACCAUGGAGUUAAGCAUAUGCUCAUGGUACUCCAUUUCUCUGUUGCAUCUGAAUCAAGUGUGACUGUGCAAGCCCUGGAUGGGUAUGUGGUAUGCACAGGAAGUGGGGGUGAAUCCUGUUAAGACCAAGCCCCUGUAAGCGACUAGCUCUGUGCAUGGAUUUUGGGAGUUUGCUUUUUCUGGACCAGGGUUCUACUCCCUCUACUGGAACUGGAAUGUCAUAUGGGGGUGCUCCUUGAUCAUUCUUUAUUUCUGGGGGUACAAGUGACCUCAGUGGCUAAAGGUUACUUUUGCCACCUUGUACUCUUGCACUAGCUGUGACCAUUCUUGGACCAGUGCAGCCAAGCUACAGUGACCCAUGCAUUGGUAAGCUCAAGACUGCAUUAUGGCAGUUUGGUCCAUGUGGGACUGGCCUUAAGGCUGGUUUGGAAGCUGCAGUAUAUAAUAUCUGUGUUGAGGGAAUUGUGCUGCUGAGUGAAGUUGAAGGUUUCAUUAUACCUACAUAUUCCUAAACUUAAGGGAAAAACGGUUAUUUGAGAGACUGCCUUCUCCCAUAUAGAUGUGUCUGCUCGCUAAGGUCUUCAGAGAAGGCCCUGUCACUUAUUCUGUGGCCCACAGAGACUUAUCUCAUGUUAAGCUGGAAGAGGGCCUUCUCCUUUUUGGCCUCCAGCCUGUGAGAUGCACCUGCUGUGGUGAGCUUUCAUCUGCUGUUAAAAACACAGCUACCUUAUUUGAGGCUUCCCUGGCCUCUGAUACAAUGACUUGAAUGGUUCCCGGUUCCUGUGUUUGUGUUAUGUUUCUUUUAUCAGACUGUUUCUAUUGUAUAUAGAAUUGCUUUGUUACACUGAAUUAUUUUGUUGCACUCCAUUUUGAUAUUUUAAAGAGGUGGUAUGUAACUAUUUUAAUUUAAACUUUCAAAGUUUCUGGAGCCCUUUGGGGGUUUGAGUCUGGUAAUUCUAAAUGUAUGCUUUGCUAGUUUGCAUAAAUCAUCUCACAGAAACUGCUUUAUCCUGCUUUUAUCAGGAUUCUUACAUCAUGCUUCUGUGGUAAAUGUAACCCCACAAAUACUUGAGUCUACUGCAUAAGACUUUGUGGCCCAUCACAAGAUUGUCACUAGGGCUUUGUGGUUUACGUAUUUGAGCUGGAAAGAAAGGGGGAGUUGUAUAGUUCUGUAAAAGAGAAGAGUGGGAAGUGUGAGGUGUGGUAGGGGCUCAGUAAAACCAGAGAGGUGUGAUAGCACUUGUUUAAGGAGAAAUCAUUAUUUAUUGUGUUUUGGUUCAUGCAUGUCCAUAAACAGAGCAUUGAACUAGGAUGGAUGGAGCCACUUAUCGGAUUAUUAUGUCUGACUUGUGAAGAGCAUUCUGAAGAAGGAAAUAUGACAGGAAUGCCCACUUUCAUGACAAAUUUUUGCUUUGAGAUAAUGAGUGAAAGAAAUUAGAGGGAUUAUAUAGCCUGCUUGGGAGUCUUUGAUGUUCAGCUGUUCCUGCUGAACAAAAACAGUCAAAUUUAAAGUUCUUUGGUUUAAAUGAAAUGUUUGAGAUUAUUCUAUGCAUCUAUGGUUUCAUGUCCUUUGAGCUUGCAGUAAAAACCCUAAAGCAAAUAGACAGAAUUAUCCUGGAAGCAGGGUAGGCAUGUGCGUUAAACAUGUGGCACAAUUCUCCCCCACCCCAUGCUUGAAUUUGUGUAACAUUUCCAGAGUCUCAGUGUAAGCUCAGCAGCUGGAAAAGGUUGGCUGAGGCAGGGCUGAGUAGUCAGGUUUAUGAUCUGACCGGAAAGGUGUGGUGCCUUUUUAGUUCUGUCACCUAACUCAGUUCUGGGUGUUCAGCAGAUUGCGUUGUUCAGUGAGUGUAUCCUGUUUGAUUUAAGCUGGUAGCUUCUGAGGGAGGGACUACCUUGGCUUAACUCUUCUGCUCCCUCCCCUUGAGGUUGAAAACAGUGUUGGCUAGGUAAACAUAAUGGCUGCCUUUCUUUACCGUACUGAAAUAUGGAUAAAAUUAAGUGGAUUUCACAAUCAAUGCAGCACUGGAGGCCCAAACAGCUGUAGUGGACACGUCUAUAUUGAGUCAGCAGGGUUGUUGAUAAUAUGAAAGAAGUAGGGUGUGAUGUUCCCAUGACCUAAAAGCAGGAAUCUUAACUCACCAGCUGUUAGAACUAUGAUUAGUUGAAAACCUCUCUUGCAGUUAAUGUCUUCAGAGAGAUCCCUUUUCCAGUUAUCAUUUAAGGAAAUUUGGUUUAUGGAAGUAUGGAACAAGUUGUUAUAACACUGCAUCUAUGGAAUAGUUUCCCUGUGGAGAUUUGCUGUAUAGCAACACAUAAAUGAGGGUCAGAGUAGUUUUAAAUGGUGGUGUGACUGAUGCUUUUAGAAUGUUGCAAGGAGUGAAACAAGGUUGCAUUAUGGCUCCCACUCCUUUUAGCAUUUAUAUGAAUGAUUUGGUGCCAUAUUGAGCCAAUGCAAACACCCCUCUCCAGUAAUUAGGAACAAGCUCAAUCUUGAUGUAUGCAGAUGAUUUAGUGCUCCUCUCUCAUUCCUGAUUGGGUCUCAAAAAGCUCCUGGAGGUGUUCAGCACAUACAAUAAAUCGGGAAGCCUAUCCAUAAAAUACUCUAAGACCAAGAUUAUGCUUUUUGGCAAACAGUCCUAGGCAGUGCUAUUUAGAAAAAGAGGUGCCAGAACUCACUAUGAACAGCUCCCUUGUUCUUAUAAUGACAAUGAUGCCCACCUGAAAGGUGUGGGACCAAGUUCUGGUGAGUUCUGACUUUAAAAAAUGCCCUGGUCCUAGGUAUAAAUGGUGCUUAGAUCAGAAAGCUACAGAACACACUUGCUCAUUUAGAUACCAUACCUGGGCCUACUCUUUAGUGAAACCCUCUUUUGGAAGUGCCAUAUGGCGGCAGUGAAAGCCAAAGCACAAAAAACCAUAGCAGCAGUGAUGAAGUUCUGUUACAAUAAGGGAGGGAAACUGAUUGAACCUGCCAUAAAAAUAUUUGGUAACAAACCACUUACUCAAAUCCUCUUUGUAGCAUUGAAAUAUGUGGCUUUGAUUCAACUCCAUUAAAGUUUUGGAAAUUGCGCAGAAUGUCCCCCCCCCCCCCAAAAGCUAUACUCUCUACAAACAGGAAUAUCAGCAGCUCGUCCUCAUAAAGAACCAAUUAAGGCAAGAGUGGAUAGUUUAAGUAUAUUUUUAAAAAUACUACUAUGCCUAUUGAGAGUUUUCCUGUACUGUGCUGUAUGGAAUUGGUUGAAAACCAACUCUGGAAAGCAGCUUAGAUCAUUAUUGUUUUCUAGAACUGAGCUCUGCUUUGACCUUGAAUAAGUGUCAACUAAGGGAUUGGCUCUGCUGGAUAAAAUCCAGAAAGGACCUGCAGCUAAUUAGAAAUACCACAUUCUCUUUCCCCACCCCCUGGUAUCCACUCUUGAUAACUAUUUCAGUGAAGCAUAGAUUAGAAAAGCCUACUGCUAAAUAAUACAACAAAUGAAUGGCCAUGGUAUAUGAAGCUUAGGGUGCUUCAAAUGUAACACCAACCAUAAUUUGGUGUUAUGAGAACACAGUAUCAUUUUCAGGCAAAUGGAAAUAAUGGUUUUCCAGUUUGGAUGAAAAAGCAAGCCAGCUAAGUUUCAGUCCUGAUUUUCAGUAAUCAGUUACUGAUUUUCAGGAAUCAGUAAUGUACAAGGGGAGGAGAAUGUGCAAGUCAAAGACUCCUCAGGCAUUCUUACAUUCCUGAAUGUAAACCCAUGGUUGAAUAACCCAUUAAAGUUGUUCAGAUCUCAGUGAUGUUUGUCACAUGGGGGGGAAAUGAAGUAGAAACACAAAGUCUAUAUGGCUAGGCUGUGGAAUUUUCAACACAAUAUUCAGCAGUCAGAUUCAACCAUAAUCUAAAGUCCUUUAACAUCUCAUGCCUCAGGAAUGGUGAGCCUGUGACCUUUCAGACGUUGUUGGACUCUAACCUUCAUCUUAUCCAGCCAGCAUUGCCAAUGAUCAGGGAUGAUAGGAACUGUAAUCCUACAUCCGAAGGGUCACAGGUUCACCAUUCCUAGAGCAUGGAAUGUUAAAGGAGUCUAGAUUAUGGUUGAGUCUGAACGCUGAAUAUUGUGAGUUGGUGGAGUCUUGCACAACUCUUUUAUUUUGCUGACUUUUGUGUAAAAGCAUUUAGAUCUGGAUCAGAUUUUUAAAUGAAUAGGCAUAUUUAGCUACAACACUACCUGACACUAGGGAAAAUGAGAUUUCAAAAAAUAUUUUCACUGUGUCUGCCUCCAAAUGGAGAACAGACCUAGCUGAAAGAUCCAGAGUAAGAGGAGUUAUUUCAUAAUAUGAUAGGAAGAAUUAAGAUAUGCUUAACUCUCUGCUAGAAGGAGGAUCAGUCUCCACUGAACACUCAAGUUUUUUAGGUGGUAUGAAAUUUGUCUAUAGUGUUUGGUCUGUGGUGGUCAUUUCAGUAAGCUUCUCAGUAGAGUGAUACCAAACUUUUUUUGGACCUGUGGGUACACAUAAAUUGGAUAAACUGUUGAGAGUGCCACACACCUCAUCCACAUGCACACCACAUGUUCUGUUAGCUACAAUUGGAGUCCUUUUUUAAAGCUUAACUUAGCAGGGUAAGGUGCUCCAGGGAAGACUUCUGUAGGUGUAUGUGCACACCCAGGAACCACAUUGGUGAUCCCAGUUCUAAGUCAUCAAGUGAGGAAAAUGUAUAUGUAAAUUCGUCCAUAAAGUUAUAUAAACAAAUACCACAUGGGUUUUGUUCAGCAGAAUCCCAAAUACCCAGUACUCCAAAUUCUUUCCCAUCCACUAGUUUGGCAAUGUCUACAUUCAACAACCAGUUUUCCAUGUUCAGUAAGAGUCUUCUUUCUGUACAUGGGAUGUAAAAAUAAUAAAUUCUCCUGCCAAAAUGAAUAUCAGUAGCAUAUCUGCCUCAUAGAGCUCAUAACUUAUUCUUAAGUGCUUUGCUAGUGCAGAUCUGGCAAAACUGUAGCCCCCCCCAACACUGCAGUGAUCCAGUUGCGCACCACGAGCUGAGAAUAUUCAGAAUCCCUUGAUAGAAGAAAGCUUGGGGCUGUCUGCAUCCUACUGCCAGGGUAGGGGUUUUUUUGGACAAUUUCAGAUAACUGUGAGAGUAAGUUGCUGGAACUGGAGUUGUUUCAAAAUGAAUGAGUCACGGCAAAUGCUGGUUAGAGUUUCCAUAGAAACUGGGUAUAUUGCUAAGGGCAGAUGGUUGACUGCAAUUUAAGCAUGGUUACAGCAUUAGCUAAUAGCUCAGAGGAGCAAAGUGUCUUGCUCUUUACCCCCACUGAGGUCAAGCAUCUCCUCCAGCCUGGAGAGACUAGCAAAGAAUAGCUGAGGCUGACUUUGCUGAUCUGCUGUGCCCUGAAUACUUCCUGAUCUGCCUUGAAGAUCAUCUGCCCAUAUAUGUCGUGUUUUGUCUGGUUACAGGAAUGCGAUUUGACUUGCUGCGCAAUAAGCUUACAGCCAUCUGGAAAAUAAGGACAAUGAAAUAAUUAUGUAAGCAUUGAAGGAGAAGGGAAGAGGUCUUGUGCAAAUCGCAGCUUCCUUCAACACUCAGAAUUUGGACAAACACUGGUGAAUUUUUUGAGAAAUGUCCAGAGAUUCCUUUAAUGAAGCAUGAGUGACAUUCAUUUGACCUUCUCUGACCAUAUAUUUAUUGAAAUGCUAAUAUUGAUCUCUGAUAUUAGCUGUAGCAUUAGCUUUGGUCACAGUAACUUAACUUCUGUUUGAGGGCUGAUGUUUUAGACCGGUUGUUUUCGGAGGCUCUUUCUGUUUCUUCUUGUUUCAUGAUAGAACUGUGUUCAUGUCCUACCUCUUGAGAACAAUGAUUAACCUUUCUAGUGAUCUCAUAUAUGGGGUUAUUUAUUGACCAGUGGUGUGCCUUCUUUGGUGGUGACUAAUCAGGAGUCCAUUAAUGUUUAGUGAACAUCCAAAAUUCUAAAACUGUUGUCUUUCUCAAGCUAAUAAUGACAUUUCUUCAUGGAGAAGGUCCAAAAGUACUAGGAACUGAGUUCUUCUCAAACCCCAGAACUCUUUGGCUGCUUUUUCAACAUGCGUCACUCAAGGGCAACCUGUCUAUUGUUGAAUCUGCCCCCUCACAGUUCUGCUUGUAGCACUGUGAGGAAUCCUCAUGUGUGUCUCUGUUGUUGGUUUGAUAGGCCAGCGGGGCAAGGAGUAUUUGGGCACCCUUCCAGUGCAACACCUUGCUGUGCAAGCUGUUUGGCUAUUUGCCAACUCUACCAAUGGAGCGCAGGAAAUGGGAGCCUUUAGAAUCAAUGCGUCAGGCAGGGGGUUGGUGUAAUCUGUUGCAUUUCCCUGCCGUUUUGGCUUGUAUGCUACAAACAGAAAGCAACCAGGCCGUAUUUGCACAGGAGGGGGAAAUGGAUGGAGUACAGCCAGUGGUGUUCCCCUAGCCAGCCCCCUCUCACCUUUGAUAUGAGGAAAGGUUCUUCUGGACAAGACAUCUGUGGCGAUAUAUAAAGGAGCAGCUUUGGGAGAUGAUAUUGAAGAUUGCUAUGUAUUUGCUUGCUUGAUCUGUGAAUCCCUGUGCUCUUCCUUCUGGGGUUUUUAGGAGAGCAGUUAAAGCUUGGAAAACAUGGAGCAAUACCCAGAUCUACAGGAAGACCUGAGUUUGGAGGAUACCAAUGAAUCCCUUAAUCAGCUCAAAUUGGCCUCUCUAGAUGAUAAGAACUGGCCACCAGAUGAAGUGCCUGUUUUUCCUAAAUCAGGUGAGUACUUUUACUAGCAAUGAAGUGACUAGAAAGGAAUCUAUAUGCUGCAGCACUAAUCUUAAAAUAUACCUUUAAUAGCUUUUUAUUUAUUAGAUUUAUUUAUAUCCAGACUUUCAGGAUAGGCAGCAUCCAAAUGAUAUCAAAAUAAUUAAUAACAUAAUAAAUAAGUGGAAAAAUAACAAGAUUCAGGGUUCAGCAGGUUCUUUUUGUGUUAUAUUCUUGCAUGAUAGUUGUAUACAGUAUAGCCCUGUGGGGGCAAGGGUAGUCUAGUGGAGCACUCUCUGAGGUCUUUGCCUGUCUGCGUCUCUUUCCUCUUUAAGAUGCUGCAGAAGUACUAGUUAGCCCCUGUAUCUAAACUGGGAUGUAGAUCUUAUCUAAAUGGGGUGGUGAGAGCAUGGAAUGCUACAGACCUUAUAUGCCAGAGAAGUAUCUGUCUCUCUGUGCAGUGUAAAUAGUUUAUUCUAGUGGAUGAAUGUGGAAUUCUGUAGUGGAGAAUUUUAGAUCAUUGAUUACUUUCCACUUAUAGUGUGUUUAUACAUUUGAGGCAAAUAUUGACAAAUAAGCUAGCACAAUUGGUCUGAAUGCAUGCAAUGUUUUAUAUUGAACAUAAAAUGAACAAUUGCACAAAACUAAUGCUAUUCAUCACAGUUCCUUCUGGUUCCGUGAUAUACCUGAUCCCUUCUCUGUGUUUUUGUAUCUUCGUAUAGCUGUGCUGGUUUUUAUGUUCUCUGCAUUUUCCUCUCACCCCAUCCCCUUUAUUUUAAAAUGUAGAUGACUUCAAGGGCUCCCCUGACCCUGUCACUCACUUACGAUGGGAUGACCCAUACUACGACAUUGCUAGACACCAGAUUGUGGAAGUGGCAGGUAAUGGGUUCUUUUCAUUUCUUUGUCUUCUACUUCAGAAAGCAUUUUGAUACGGCAUAAUGACUUGGGAUAUAGGGUCUAUUUUAUUGUUUUGCUGUUUUGUUUUAUUUAUGUUCAUGUUUUUAUCCUGUAUUUUAUUCUGUGAACUGCCCUGGGAUCUUAUGAUGAAGGGCAGUAUAUAAAUCUAAUAAAAAAGUAAAAAAUAAAAUAUAAAAUAAAAUAAACCAGCCCAGCAGUGGCCCAACAAUAGGUUGGAUCCCAAGUUGUCUUUUAGUGAAUGAUAGGAUUCCUUCUGUUUGUAGAAGGAGCCAAGAUCCAGCAGAGGCUCCUGCUGGAGGAAGCAAGCAGGGAGGAAGCUGUUUUUGCCUGUUCCCCUUGCAGGUCACGGCACAACUGUCCAUGCUGUCCUGGAAGAUUCUUUGACUCGUAGGUGCAGUUCUGCCCAUGGGUAGUCUGGAUCCAGCCAAAUAGCUUGAUUCACAUAGUGGUCAUCGUCGUUGUGAAAAUAGCAAUUGUACAGAGCAAGAGAACUUUGAGAACCAUGGGCCCAUUAGAGUUAUUUGAUAGUCACUUGAAGCAGCAAUCUGACCCCAGACUUACAAACUACGUUAUGAACUCCUCAGUCAGAUGUUGCAUUGGCUGAUAGUACCAUGAGUUACUGAGGUUUGGUUGGCUGGGGUCUGGAGAAGGGCCUUUUCUAUUGUAGCAUCUGCUCAAUGGGAUGCAUUCCAGGGUGGAUGGGUUCCAAAACUGGGAUGUUUCCACCAACUGUUGAAGACCUGUCUCUUUCCCCUGGCAUUUCCUGACAACCACCAGUUUGUUGUUCCAGUUACUGUGGUUAUUGCAAUAAUGUUUUUACUUGAUUUUAAUUGUUUGUUUUACUUGAUUUUAAUGGAUUUUGUGUAUUGUGAACUGCAUCAAUAUUUUUGCUAAUGAAAAGUAUCACAUAAGCUUUGAGAAUACAUUCUGAUAAAUAGUGACUAUAGCACACUGGACUUAGAAGAGUUCAAAUCCAUGGUCUGCCAUGAAGUCUACUAGAUGACCUUGGGUCAUUCAUUGGCUUGUAUCCGACUGAGUCAUACUCAGAAUAAUUUAAUUCCAUUGAUUGCAGUGUGUCCACUGUCAGUAUGACAUAAUCAGAUAGAACCCAUUAUCCCUCAUCCUGGCCUACCACAUUGAGUUGUUAUGAGAAUAAAUAGCAGGAAGGGAGGACCAUGAACACGUACUGUACCUAACCUUGAGUUCUUUGGAGAGAAGAAGGUGGGAGAAAACAGUAUGUGCAAACCUGAAAACUCAUUCUCCCGAAGAAAAACUGUUUUAACUUGUUUGCAGGCUAGAAGAGGCUCUGCAUGUGUGCCUCUAAUUUUCCUGAGCCAUGGCAAAUCCCUCAACUGUCUAAACAAAUCAGUCAACUUUAGGUGACUGCCAAGUCACACUUGAGUCCAGGGCAUCAGUGGGCAACCUGUGAACUUCCCUGUGUUGCUGGACUCCAGCCCCAACCAGAAAUGCCAAUGGUAAUGGAAUAUGAGAAAUGUAGUCCAGUAUCACCUGGAAUGCCACAGGUUCCCCACUUCUCCUGUGGAGCAUCCUGGAGUGUGGAAUUGUGCCACAGCUGCAAGGAAAGAGUUAAAUCUUAAUUAUUUUUUAAAAAAACUUAUUGAUAAAUGCAAUACUUACAAACACAAAACUGAACGCUAAACAAACUUAUUAUACAUAGAUACACACACCUCUCAAUUUAGAUUACAAAAAAGAAAACAAACAAACAAAACAUACAAACAUAAAUCUUGACUUCCCUCCACCUAUGUGUGGCUUCCUUUAUUUCUUUUCUUCUUUUCGCUGUGUUAUCACUAUUAUUUUUGACUAUCUCAUCUUAUACCCAUUUCUUCUUAAGUUUUUACUCUAUAAGUUUCAUUCAUUGCAUAUUGAUAUAUUAAUACCAGAACAAUGUUUUUUGAUGUAUUCCUUCACGCAAGUCCACUCCUCUAUCAGUUUUUGGUCUGAUUGGCCUCUUACCAUGGUGUAAGUCUUGCUGAAUCUAUAUAUUCACAAAAUCUUAUUUGCCAUUCUCUUAUUGAGGGAGUUUUUUCUCCCUUCCAAUUUUUUGCUAUAAUCAUUCUGGCCGCAGCGGUUGCAUAUAAGAAAACUUUUUUCCUAGUGGCAGAAAUGUCAGUCGAUAUAAUUCCCAAGAGGAACGCCUCUGGGGUUUUUUACAUGAUAUUUUAAGCAUUUUUUAAAGUUCCUCUUGAAUGUCACUCCAAAUUUUUUAAUAUACACACACUCCCACCACAUAUGAUACAUGGUUCCUAUCUCUGUUUUAUAUCUCCAGCACAAAUUAGAUUUUGAUUUAUAAAUUUUCGCCAAUUUGACCGCGGUUAAAUACCAUUGAUAUAUCAUUUUCAUUAUAUUUUCUCUGAUUGUGACACAGGCUGUGAAUUUGAUAUCAUAUUUCCAUAAUUUCUCCCAUUGAUCUAAACAAAUCAUGUGGCCUAUAUCUGUGGCCCACUUAAUCAUAACUUCCUUCACCUCUUCAUCUUUUAAUUCCUAUUCUAAUAAUAGAUUAUACAUUUUAGAUAAUAUCUUUUUAGGAUUUUUUAUAACUCUGUUUGUAGUUUUGAUUCUUCUUUGCCAAAUCCGAUAAUCUUAUCCUGCCUGAAUAGGUGAUCAAUUUGAUAAUAUUGUAGCCAUGUAUUACAAUAUUGGCCAAGUUCUUCAUAAGAUCUUAACCUUAAUUGGCCUUGAUCUUCUUUUACUAAUUGCUGAUAUGUGACCCAUUUGCCUUCCGUAUUUUUCUUUUUUCUUUUUUCCUUACAUUUCACUGACAUUCCUGGGUUGUCCUGUAUGGCUGCUUCACUUACAUUGUCUACAGUUCAGUUACUGAUUUUAGCAAACUUGGUUUCCUGCAAAGAGGAAAUUUGCUGUGUAAAUGAUUGCUGGCAGAUUGCUGGCAGUGCUGUUCAGAAACUGGAGGCAGGAAUAAAUGCUGGGAGUUUAUUUAUCACCAGCUUUUGCUAUUGACCAUUAUGCCAGGUAUUGCAACAGUACAUCCUCUUGGCUAUACAGACCAUUAUUCCUUAUGCACAUUGAUAGCUACUGCCAACCAGUGCAAUAUAGAAGUGAAGACUGGUUAAUUUAUAGCAAGCAAUUGAUCAUUAGAAAAGGGAAGAAAUUGAAAUGGCAAAUGAUCUGGAACAAGUAGGAGCUGUGCUUAGCUUUUACUUACGCUUUUAUUUACAUUUUACUAACAUCUGCGUGGAGUUCAUCUCCUCCCUUCUUGGUAGCAAUGUUUGUUUUGGGCUCUAAAAUUACUGAAUUCUCUGGAGUUUGUCUCCUCCAGACAUUCUGGCUGCUCAGGAUAGUUCAAGGAAUGGUUAUUUCCUCUGAGACAAAACACAUCUUAACAGUUUUUGAAUUUAGUUUUGAUUUUCAGUGUGUGACCUGAGAAGUCCUCAGGAUGGGAUAGUUCUCUCCUCCCAUUGCAGAUACAUUGAGGAUAUCUUUCUAUUCCCUGGGAUGGUGAAUUGACAUUAAACAAUUUAAUCAAACAAAGAUCCCCAGUGUUAAGUGACUAGAUGAGUUCAAACAAGAUAUUUUCUGAUACGCAUUGUAUUCAAAUGUAUAAUAAUAGCUCUAUUGCUGACAUUCCAGGAUUUCAGCCAAUUGAAUGAGCUUCACUAACAUCAUGCCCAACUCUGGCAGUAUUGCACAUUCAUAUACUUUGAUAAAUAAAGAAUUCCCUAACAACUGACAUAUCCUUUUCCACUAUUGAUAACAUUAGUUAUUUCUUUGUUCAUAUAGAUGUAUUUUGAAGUGCUUUCCCCUGUAGGACUAUGUAUUACUGAAGAUUCAUUUCACUUAAUAUUUUUUUAACUGGCAACCACAUGCCUUAGAUUCCUCUAACAUCUAUCACCCAGAGCGUUAGCACUGUGUUGGCUUCUGACAUACUGAAUGAUGGAAAAAAUCUCUUCACUGUGGGCUCCCUUAGCUCUCAACAUGGUUCUGUGAAUUUUCAGUGCCAAUUAGGCUUGUGGGUGGAGUUGCAGUGUGAGUGAAGAGCAAGCUGGAAUUUAACUAAUAGCUAUAUAUCUUUAAAAUGUGGAUUGCAUAGAUGCAUUUCUAGCACCACUAGUAUACUCAAUAUUUAGAGAAUCAUCUCAGAAAGUAAAAGCUUUAAAUACACAUAAAUGUGUAGGCUCUUUAUUACUAUACUUACAAUAGAGGCACAUCGGCAAGGGUUGUGUGGGAUUGUUUAUACUGCCAAUAGCCACCAUUUACUGAAAUUCCCUGUUCAGAGUUCUUGUCCUAAUUAGGAAAAGUUAAUUUGUCCACCUUUUGCCAAAAAAAUUAAAAAAGCACAACUAAAUAAAAUGACUGCAAAGAAAUAGUUUGACUAGAUGCUGUAUCUGUUGGCAGCUAUCAAUGUCUUGAAGGCAUUUCAAGGCUGAUUUUGUUUCUUCUAUCUCCAGGUGACAACCUGAACCACUGCUGCUACUGAUUGAUAGCUUGCACAAUGGAAGCAGGAGGCUCUUUUUAAUCCUCUAACCUGUGCCCUUUCAGAUGUUGUUGGACUCCCCCCCCCCCCAGCCAACAAUGCCUGUGGUCACAAAUGAUGGGAGCUGUAGUUGUAGCUAAAUAUUAGGCUAGUCUAGGUAGAUAUGCAACUUCCUUGUUGAACUAGGGAUGGUUGUCUGAGGCAGAGACGCAACCUCAACUUUGGGGAAAUGUGGUCAUUUCUGAUACCAGGCAGUGUUGUAACUUUGGUUUCAAAGACAAUGGAAAUGCCAUGUCCUUAUCCCAAGUGAUCAUCCAGAUUACAUGCCAUAGGCUAUUCUGAAUUUAACCUUUGAGACGCCUAUCUUUUAUUACUGUGGGCUUGGGGCCCUUGAUAUGCCUUGACAAUUUUGGGGUUCUCUGGAGUCUAGAAGUAUGAAAGUUGCUGGAAUAGCUUGUGAUGGGGAGCAUUGAUUAGUAAAUCUUUUGGUUUCCUUUCUUUGUUUGAUUCUGCUUUAGGCUGAAUUAUUGGAAAUGAUUGUUAAUACUUUUGAAUUCAAUUAUUUCAGUGUCUGAUGAGCAAUUAUCAUGCUGUACUCCAGUGAUUGACUUGGGGAAAGCCUCUUAAGGCUUUCGUUCUGUGUUCUUGCAGCAGCAUUUUUAAAACUGGGAGACUACCGUUGAGCAUGCGUCUAUGUGUUGUAGUGGGACUUUGGGACACUCUAGGUAAAGGAUAGGGAACCUGUGGCCCUCUAAAUGUUGUUGGUCUACAUCACCCAUCAGUCCUGGCCAGCAUGGCCAAUGGUCAGGGAUGAUUGGAGUUGUAGUCCCAACAACAUCUGAAGGACCCAGGUUCAGCAUCAUUGCUCUAGGAUCUGGCCUAGGGCUGUCCUUUGGCGAUGUACAUCCUUUUGCCUCAAAUGGAGCAUGCUUACUUUCCUGUAAUCUACAGGAACUUCUCUUCCUGCUUCUGCCUGUGUAUGUUUGCUGGCUUUUCAGAGGUAUUGACCAAGUAAUGAGGGAUUUGAUUUCCUGAAUUAUUGUUUUGUUUUUUUUAGUUCUGCCGAGCAAGAAGCAGUCCUUGAUCCCAGAAGUGUUAGGAGCUGAAGUUAUUUCUUAAACUCCCCUGUGACUGGCUACUCUUGGGUCUCAAAACUUGUGUGAAAGAGGAGUGGAACAGGUGGUGGUUCUGAGUUCUUAAAUCCUAGAGCAUUCUAUUUUCUAUUUUCUAUAUAUCAGGACCAAUAUUAAGAACCUUGAAAUGGACAUGGGAACAUUCAUUUUUGUAACUGAAAAUGGGUUCACUGACUUUUCAGUAUUAGCAAUAUCCUGUUGUUUAAAUGUCUGGUAGUAUGAAAAAGCUAUUGUUUACCUUUUCAUGCAUACCUUGUAUGGGAAACCUGACAUAUAAAAAAGCAAUAGUUCAUCCAGAUUGUAGCAGAGUCUAGAAAGGGAGGAGGGGAAAAAAAUCAACUUCUAGAUUUAUCUAGUUAACAACUAGGUAAUCAUGUUUUUGAGCUUGUUGUAGUUGUGAGUGUUUGCAACUGUGUGUGUGUGUUGGAACUUUUCUGUCCAGCCCUUUCAGCUCAGUCCUUAAGAUUAUUCUGGUUAAAGGACUUUGGUUAUUAUGGUAUAAUGUAACUUUGUUUCUGUUCCUCCAGGGCAGGGUGCACUUCAUGGGGUCCAGCCAGGUAGGUGGAAUACCUGGUGUCAUUGGCAUUUAAAGAAUGUGGCAUUCUUUAGCAUGACUGUGGCCUGUGGCUGGGUUAUCUCAGGGGAGCCCAAAUUCUGCAAAGCUGAGGGUGGCAUCCCAGAACCUCAAAGUUGUACUUGAUGUGCAUUAUGUCAAGUAGAUUGCAGCCAUGCUUCUCUAAGCUGGUGGUAUAGCCAUCUUGGUAGCUUUCCAAACUGGAUAUGUAGCUUGGAAAUUCCCUGGCAGAGCUCUGUGUGGACUUCAGCUUGCGGUCUUCACUUUGGGUGCCGCAGUUCUCAUUUGAUGCUUCAGCCUGCCUUCUUUUUUUCUUGAAUGGUGAUGGGUAUACUAUCCAUCAGGACAUUCUCUCCCAGACAGUCAUUACUGCUAACUUUCCCAAUCGGAAAUCUUUUGCGGGUGAUUUCUUCUGCAGCUAAGAGUUUGCAGGAUAUUGCAUGACAGUGAUGUGUGAUUUAUCUUAUUUGGAAUCUAUGCAGGAUGGAGCUGUUGUUGCUUUAUUCCCACUAUGGCAUCAUUCAGACACAAAUCUUUGGCAGAACUUGGCCUCCUUUAUCCCCUGUGACCCAGCGGUAGGCUGAACCCAUUGUUUGCUGAACAGCCUAUGCAAGUACAUUUGCCUGCCAUUCUCUGUUUAUUCCGUAGUAGGUCUUCCAUUCUUCAUCAUCUCUUCUUGCAAGUGGUCACUGGCCUGCUGUAUCUGCAGAUCAUGUCUCUGAUUCUAUGCUAAUCAUUUCUCCACCAAUUUAGAUGCAAGUAGAUGGUUACUUUGAAACACUGACUAGUGUCAGUUCUCCACUGUGCUAUUUUUCUAGAAGAAGAGGUGCCAGAACUCAUCAUGAACACCUCCCUCGUUCUCUUAUAAUGACAACCUGAGAGGUGCUGGAACUGAGUUGUGGCUGAAAAAUGCCCCAGUUCUCCAUCUCUAAAUGUAGCCAUUGACUUUUGGCUUCCUCAGGCAUCUCUGCAUAUAUCUAGAAGCUCCAUGAAGGUCACUUUGAUCACAGAAGUGGUGUAGGGGAAGCACCUUGAACUGCCACAAACCCUGAAAAUUGUCAGCCUUGUUUAUGAUGACAAGACUGUUUCCGCUUUUGUAUUUUUUAUAAUGCUUUUGUACCUUCAGAAAUAUAAAUACCCUAGACAAAGAGGUGCUGGCUCUUAACUAUACCACCAUUGCUUUCAUUUCUUUGCCCGGGUUAUGUCUCAAGCCAUUUCCCCGAUCACUUUAAGGGCCGUGUCAACUUGAUAGUGCAGGAAAAGGAGCAGCCGUAGACUUCCUGUUUAAUCAAGAGAUGUGACAACUCACUGUAUUAUUUGCAACAUGCAGUUCUCCACAUUCUGCAUUCUGAGAACUUCUCUGAGGCUUUUUAAACAAUCUGGUGUUUCCUUACUCACUUAGGUUAAUUUAGAUGUAUUCCCCCCCCCCCGAUGGAAAGAAUCCCUGCUAUGGGAAGUGCGGUUGUUAACUAGAGUAUUCUCAGAGGAAUAAAAGAACUGCUGCACGUCCAACAAUGUGACGUGGACAUGUUUUCCUAGAUGGGGAGAAUGUUAGUGUGUAUGUGUGUGUCUGUGUGAAUUAUAAAAUGGUGCUGUGUUAUAACCUAGGGUAUUUUACACUUUUUACUGCAAUAGCAGAACAUUUCUAAUUAAAUGGGCUGCCUUGUGCAGAUGAGUACUGUAAUUCCAUACCUGAGGCAUUAAUCAGGUAAUAAAAAAAAUGUCUUUUCUCAUUUGAUUUGCAUAGAAACUUGACACAUGGGUUAUUGUUUCAUAGUUUUCCUGAAGUUUAUCACACUUUGGACUUGUUGCUCAAAUUUCAAAUGGUCUGGGCAUUUUUCUAGAUAAUGCACAACAUGGAAGUGCUUUAGUUUAUUUGAAAAUAGUCUUGUAGAAGUUGUUGUCAUUGUUAGCUUUGCAGCUGUACCUGGUAACAACAGGGCCACACACCACAACUGUGCAUUGGAAUUUCUAAUGCAUACAAUAUUUUUAUGGUUCAACACCAGCAGGGGCUUUAUUUCAGAUUUAAGCAGGAGCUUUUAUGAUAAUUACAGCUAACCCGUUUGGGACAAAGGUGGCUGAAUAAUUGUUUACUGUUGGGUGCAUGCUGAAUGCUCCCUGCAUGGACUGAUGGGACUCUAUCUAGUUGUGUCAUACAAGAAUAGUGCAUAUUUGCAUUUAAUGGAUGUUAUGCUACCUUGACUAGAGCUUGGUCUAGAAGUAGACGCCUAUAGAAAUAAGCCUUGCUUAGUCUAUGAAAAACAAAUGGAACAAUCAGGAGAUGAGCUAGAAAAAAUCAGUGACUAUUAAGAGGCUUUAUCACUUGAUUUGAGAUUGCAUAUGGGAUACUUACUUCAGGUAACCAGAAGCUUGUGGGACAAGUGUAACCAUAAACUGGCUUUUAAUUGUCCGGUUCCUGAGGAGCUAGGUUUGACCUGAAGUUGCAGUCUUUUCCAACUUUAAGACCUUGAAGUGGAACCAUAGUUAUAUGUGUUCCUUUCUCUUGACACUUACAGCUGGCAAUUUGAAGAUCCAUCCGAAAUACCCCAUCUGCCUGAUGUUGUUUUCUGACCCACCAGUUGGAAAAUGCUGCUCUAAAGCAGUAGAUCUGGUUUGAUCUUGCAUUGUGUUCUAUUUAUACACUGCCAAGUUUUGAAAAUCAAUUUCUCAAAAACAUCUGCACAGGACUAAUUAUCAUAAUAUGUUGCAUUGGUGAAAGUGACUACUAUAAUUCCACACCUGAGUUAUUAAUCUAUUCAGGUUCUUUUCCCAUUUCCCAUUACAGAAAUUCACAUUGUCUGAAACGACCUCUUUGUCAAAGGAAGAUUCUCCAUUUCUUAAUAGAACAGCUGUGGUUUGCAGAGUCAACAGAUACUACCAUUCAGGUCUUGCCACUCAGAUUUCUUUGGGCAGGAGCAUUUCUUCUUCCAACCUAAUAGGGUUUCUUUUCAUGAUACAUUGCACCAUCAUGCGUACUGGGAAUUAUUUUUGUUCUCAUCAAAAAGGGGUGCAAGGCUGCAAAAUAUCUCAUAGGAGCACCAUUUUACUACAUUGGUCACAAGAUUGUGGCACCAUUCAAUGUACUGCCAGGAGCAUCUGCAAUCUACUCCAGUGCGUACACUGGAUGUGCGUACACACAGUUUGUGGCCAUUGAAUAUAUGGGAAGCUGUUUGGAAGUCCCUUGGUUAGGUACUCUAUUUUUGGGCAACCGUGGGAUAAACUGUUGGACAUUGGUCUUGUGAUCUGGCUGUAGUUUUGUACGGUCGUUCCAGAUGACCUCUGCAUUGCUCUUCUUUUUUUUCUGUCUCUGGUGGGUGCCAUGUUGUCCUGCAAUGUCUUCUACCUUCGCAUGCUUCACAUGUGUUCAUGUGAUGGUAUAUCAUCCUUGCAUCCCCAUGGCAUUUACCUGGUGCUCCCCCUCUACCUUAAGCAUGUCCUUGACUUCCCGUGCUGCAGCUGUUUGCAUAUUUUUUUGGGGGGUGGGGUGGAGUAAGUUUUAUAGCUACAUAAUCUCUGUUUAUGUGUUGAAGGAAGUCAAAUGAGAAGAGGAAAAUAGGCAGGAUGAAGGGAAAUUUAUUAUGGUUAGGGUUUUAGGUGGGUAGAGUAGCAUACUAGAUACAUAGCUUAAUUGACUCUUUCUGUUCCUGUGAUGUGCAGAUUGUCAUUCCUUUUGUGUAUAUACAACAUACCAGAGACUGCCACUCCUACUUUCUCUGCUCUGUGAAGUAAAACACUGAAAGAUGUAUCCACGACUUUUAGUUACUUCCCUCUCAUGAAGGCAUUUGAUUUGUUUGGAUCAUGGGUUGUAGUUGGUAUAUUUAAAGCUUUUCUACCUUGCUUUUUAGUAAAAAAAAAAAGCUACUAGUGCAGCUUAGCCUAGAGAUCAAUAAAAACAAGACUGUCCCUGCUUACUUUCUUAAAAACACAGAGAAAGUGAUAAGGAAGGAAGAGGAAAACAUGUAAAGUCUGGCACCAGAUUGUAAAGUUACAAAGCUAUUAUGAAGACCAACUGGGAUAGCAAGGGUCCAGGGAGAAGAAGAGCCAAAAGGAGCUAGUUCCUUAGAGUUUAUGGAAUGCUCCUGCUUUCCAUCUCCCUCAUUUGUAACUUAAUGGAAUGGUUGCUGCUAAGUGACAGUUGAGGGUAGAGGGAAGACCAAAGGGUUGCCUUCUAAAUUAGAUAAAUCUUUAUCACCCAUGAAUGAGUUUUAUUUACCAUCCAGUAUGUGUACUGAACAGACUUCAUGCUUUUUGUUCUUUUGAGUAUGUAGAACUCACAGAAUCCUGAGGCCAUCUUCCUUAUUUUAUUUUACUUUUUAAAAAACAAAACUCUAUUCCCUUCUGAGCCUGGAUUAAGUAUAAAGUGGGCUGGUAGUGGUAAUAAAUGUGAGGUAAAGGUAAUAAAUGAUGGUGGCUGACUUUGCAGCAUGGAAGAUGUACAUUUUUUACAUCUUCAGUGAAAGCCCCAAAGAGCUUUCAGUGAAAUCUUCAGUGAAAGCCCCAAAGAUCUUCAGUGAAAGCCCCAAAGAGCUUUGUGGCACAAUCUGGUCCCUCCUCAUAUGCAGAAAUGUGUACCUUUGCACACAUAGGAGAUGGUCAUUGGUACACAAUUUCUUCCUCAUGGGUACAGGUUUGUGUGCGUGAAGAGAUUGAUCCUGAGAGAGGGUGAUUCAGACCAAAAUUUAUUGUAGCAUGAAUGUUUUUAGAAUAGAGCUAACAUUGUCAAAUGCAACCAGCUGCUGAUGAGGUAACUUCUAGUGAGAAGUCCAUGAUCAACCAGAGCAUUUAAUGGCCAUUCAUUAAUAUGACCCGCUUCCUUCUACAAUUUUGUCUUACUUAUCAAAUGCUUUUAGCUCCGCUCAUUGUAAGUAGACAGAGAGGCAAGACCUGUGUUUAUGCGUUGUUCUACCGAUAAGUCAUUAUUACUGCUCUCAGCCAUAGAUUAUUGCAAAAGCUUUUACUGUUGUCAUAAAUUUCACAUUAGUGGUAAUUUCACUGUCACGAAAUAACCAGAAAAAACCCAUGGUAAGGCAUUUAUUGGACUUUCAUGUGACAAGAGCUAUAUAUCACCCCCAGGCCUAGUUUGUAACACUGCUGAAGCAGACUUACUAGGUCAUCUGCCUCAUUUGGGACUGGGGAAGAAGUUAAAGAUUAUUUUACAGAGUAUUUGUUCCAGGCUGAUAGCACAAAAUCUUGUGCUUUUGCAGUUUGCUGGUGGCUUCUUCUCACAGCUGAUUCGCUUUCUGAUCCAUAGUGUUUCAGGCCAAUUCGUCAUUGUGCAGUCCUUGAUUUUGUUUGUGUUCUAGUUCUUUAUCUACAAGGACAGCAGGUGGUAUGGAACUGUGGAUACACUGGGGGGAAAUGAUGGACAAGGCCAAUACUUUGUAAAGGAUCAGUGACCUUUUCUCUGAAUGUUUGUGGGGGAAGUAUUGUCUUUCCUCCCCUCUCCACCUUGGAAUCACAAACCUCAGCAAUGCUUACUAGAAUAACCCUGUGGAUACUCUGCUCCUCUGGGGGUAUUUUAGGCUAUUUCCUGCUUGAGAAUCAUUUCAAAUUGUCUGCUCGUGAUCCAAGAGUAUGUGCCCCUCAUAAUUUCUUUUCAUCAUGCCUUGGUCUAUUCCACUUCUCACCCUUGGGUCCUCUCAAAAUGCAGCCUUCUCUCCCUACUGGUGAAGUUUCAUGUUGCAUUGUUAACUUUUUUGACAAAGCAGAGCCUUUGAACUUUCCACUAGUAUCACCUUGGAAUAGUUGAGUACUCCACAAGCAGUGCUCCAUUAUUUGCCUAUUGUGGUGUCUUCAUGCUUUGUCUUUCAACCUGCUGUGAUGUGUGGCAUUUUUUGUCCUCAGGUGACGACAAGUAUGGGCGGAAAGUAAUUCUGUUCAGUGCCUGCCGGAUGCCUCCCAGCUAUCAGCUUGAUCAUGUGAAACUGCUGAGGUGAGUGCUGCUGGAGCGAACCACCUGCUUUGGUGAAGAUUAGACCUGAGACUUUCCCCUGAUCAUUCAAAUCUGUAAUGAUUUUGACUACAUGAAUUUGGGUACCAAUUAACCCCCAACUAAGAUAUAAGUCAAAAUUCCUUAAGCACUUGGUUAGGAGUGCCCUUCAUCAAUCUGACCCCACCCUCUGGCUGUAUAUUCACUACCUCUGUGCCUGUGUUACCUAUAUUACUUUCCUUAUGCUGUGACUGCAGGAGGCAAAGAAGCAAAUACAUAUUUUUAAAAAACUCUGGAGCUUAGGUAUGUCCAUUUCUCCUUAGCUAUUUGAAGUAUACAUUGGACCAGUAUGUUGAGAGUGAUUACACCUUAGUCUAUUUGCACCAUGGCCUGACCAGUGAGAACAAGCCAUCCCUGAGCUGGCUGCGGGAUGCCUACCGGGAAUUUGACCGCAAGUAAGUGUGUGUGGCUGUGGAUUUUGCAAGGGUCAAAUUGCUGUGCGGGAACUUUUUUGGGUGAAAGGGUUGGCUUGGCUUCUCAUCUUUCUCUCAUUAUUAGAUACAAGAAGAACAUCAAAGCAUUGUACAUUGUGCACCCAACGAUGUUCAUCAAGACACUGCUGAUUCUCUUCAAGCCCUUGAUCAGGUAGGAAAGUGCAAAGGUACUUUGCUCUGUGGUGGAACUCGCUUUGGUAUGAGGAGGAGUGGCUUCCUUAGGAGCCAAGUGGGGUUUUAUCAUCAGAAUCCUGAGACUUUUUUGUUAAGUAGGUUGCUGGUAACUUGUGUAUUUGUAAACACUUACUGUGAUGACAGCAUCUGAUAACACCUUUCAUUUAAUUUUACAUUUUUAUCCAUGUCCUUCCUCCAUGAAGCUUGAGGGUAGCAUGCACUGUUACCCACAGUUUUAUCCUCGUAACAACUCUAUGAGAUAGAUUAGAUUGAGAGAGAGAGAGAGAGAGAGAGAGAGAGAGAAAGUGACUCACAGUUGCAGGUUCAGAUCCCCACUUUGCAUCUCCGUGGCUUGUCAGUACACAAAAUAUUGGCUCUAAUUUCUAUAAGCUAUAAUUUCUAUAAUGUGGGGCUCCUAGAGUGUUUGUUCAUUGCAAGGAUAUGCAUAGAUGGCUCAUCUUGUAUAUUCCAUAUCAUUUUUAGACAGCUGUUGCUCACUGAUGUCAGCUAUAUCCUGUCAUAGUUGCAAGGUCCCCUCCAUUUUCUGUCCAAAGCUUUCAGUGUGUGCCUUGAAUUGCAUUAUAUCGUCCUAUGAGGUCAGAGGAAAGUGGGUAUCAUGUUCCUGCAUACUCUUGAUCUCUAUCUGAGAGUGUGGAAAUUGUGCUGCAGAUUAGUACUUCACUGGAGCUUGUUGCUUCCUCUUUUCUGUCUAACUGAAGAAUUAGGUUUGAUAAACUUUGUUUCUGACUUAUGCUGAGUGACUGACCCUGACAUGCAGGCCCCUGCUUGCAUUGUUGUCCUUUAGUUGGCUAAUAGCCCAGACUUGCUUCAGAUAUUUCCUGGCCUCUGCCAGAGAAUGAGGAGGAAAUAACAAAGGACAUAACAUGUAUUGUCAGCAAAAUCCCCAGGUUGAGGCACCAGAGAAGUACCUUUUAGCACAUUGUCAGGCCUAGCUGGGGUAUUUCAGUAACGGACAAAUCCAUGCCUAUGUGUUGGGGAACUGCAGAGUGGUGCAACUGGUACACAAGCAUUACCUCACAGUUCUCGGUACCAUUUUUACCUCUUCAUCUCAUCUCUACAAGCCACCCACAGAUGUACUAGUGCUGCUACUCUGUACCCUAAUUUCUUUCUUACUGGUUUGUCACCUGUCUUGCAGCUUUAAGUUUGGACGGAAGAUUUUCUAUGCAAACUACCUGAGUGACCUGGAGGAGCAUGUGAAACUGGAGCAGCUGGGUAUCCCAAGCCAGGUGCUAAAGUGAGAGCAUGUUUAAUUAUUUGCUGGUGUUUAAUUUUACUGUUUACUAUUAGAUUCUGAUGGAUUGUUUAAUGUUGCUUUGUUUGACAUAAGUUGUUUGUUUUAAAGUUAUUGUGACUUUUUAUAUUGGAUUAGAUUGUUAUUGUUUGAUGUUUCAUUAUGCUUUUAUACCUGUUAUUAUUAUUAUUAUUAUUAUUAUUAUUAUUAUUAUUAACAUCAUCAUCAUCAUCAUUAUCCACUUUGCCUACUAGCUUACCUUUUGUUUCUGUAGAGGAGGCUGUAACAGGGAGGAGAACAGGGUGAGCAGAGAGGGAGUGGGGUGGCGAAGGGACACUGGGAGUCUGACUUGUCGGCACAUACAGUAUGAUGUUGUGAGCUGCUGAGAUGGCUCUCUCCUCUGCAUGGCUUGCUCUUUAUUGUCAUGUGACCCUCAGAAGGUUUCCCAAGAGGGAGUGUGGCUUCGGGCUAAAAAAGGAUCCUCGCAACUGAUGUAGCAGAAGUAGCUUAUAAGUACUUCUUACAAGAAGUAGCUUGUAACUAGCGUAGUGCCAGGGCCUCUGGGCUUGUGUUUACAGGAUAAUGGGACACUGGACACCAGCUUAGCACUUUUUGGUGUAGUUUAGAAUGAUUCCAUACAUACAUGUUUGUGUCUGUCUCUCACUGUAGGUAUGAUGAAUAUCUGAGAUCCCUGCAGAAGCCCUCCCAAGUGCCUCAGAAAGUCACCCCACCACGCCCACCUCUGCCAAACCAACAGUUUGGAGUUUCUCUCCAGCAGUGAGUAUCCUCAUCUUUUUUCUUUUCUUGGUGGACCAGUGAUACCUAUAGUCUAUCUGUGGGUAGUUCUGGAAAUGCUUUCCAAUCAUCUUGAAUCGGCACCUGUGGUUAGCUUGACUUUUGCCAGCCUUGAGCUUUCUAGGUCAGGGCCAGUGAUACACUGGAUAUUAUGUCUGAUUCAAAGAUGUUUCUUUGGGGGAAGUGACAGGAAGAGUCUAAGCUUCUCCUUUCUCAACAGCUUACGGGAGAAGAGCUUGGAUCAGAAUCCCAUUCCACUUGUGGUAAGGGAGACCAUUGCCUAUCUGCAGCAGCAUGGUGAGUGAGCUAGGAAGAACCCUCUUCUGACUUGUCUUGUUGCUACAUCCACUGUCCUUUGUCUCCCAACAGCACCCUUCUGUUGCAUCAGCCUAGCCUUUUUAAGAUGCCUUAGCACAGACUCAUUCUUUUUCCACUGCCCAUCUUACUAUCUUUCUUGUCAUUUGAUUCUGGUCUUCAGAAAGACACAGCAAAAUUGAACACUAGGGAGCUGAGGGAUUCUACUAACCUAAUUCCCCAAGUGCCUUCUGCAUAGCUGUUCCCAUGCAAGUGUCCCUGUGCAUGUGGCUUUCAGGAUGUCCUUGUCCUGUGAUAUUGGAAAGACUUGCUGUUAUGUGUGGUAGGUCUUCCCUGAGACUGUGCUCUUCUGUUUCUCUUUGUCCCCAGCUCUUAACACAGAGGGGAUUUUCCGACGAUCAGCAAACACCCAGACAGUCAGAGAAGUUCAGCAGAAAUAUAAUAUGGGUAAGUGCCUGCAUUAGGUUCCAGAAGUCUGCUUAAGCUACUCCACUGCCCCUUUCCACCAUUCUUUUUGUCUAGGCCCCAAAUCUGCCCUUAGCACUUUGGACUUGUGCCCUCCCACAAUGUGCUUUAACUUCUGAAUAGAUCUCUGUUUGAAACUUGGCUGGAAUCCAAGGAGUUUAUUCCUUUUGACAUAAACCUAUUCCAGUCUAAAUCUAUACCCCCUGGAUAAAGGAGGUGCUUAACCUUCCACAGCAAUUAUGUUUGAUCAAUGUAUGAUGUGUUUCCUCUGUUUUAUCCUCUGGGGUGUGUGUCUCUCCAUUUCCCUAAUAUUUGCUGGAAUCCUGUUGCUGGUAUUUUUGAAGCAAUUCUUCCAAUGCUCCUAAUGAUUGCUGCUUUGGAGGAGGAUUGAGUACCACUGAUCCUUUUUUUUUUGACAGUGUGUUUACCUGCUCCUGCCAUGCUCCUGCCUCUAGUUCCCGGUCUUUGGAUAAGUUCCUUAUUCUGCCAGGUGGAGGGGGUUCAGCCCUGGUGCUCUAGUUAUGGCUUUGAACCUAUCCACUUUCUUACCAGGGCUGCCUGUGGACUUUGUGCAAUAUGAGGACGUGCACCUGCCCGCUGUGAUUCUCAAGACCUUCUUGCGGGAGCUGCCUGAGCCUCUCCUCACCUAUGGUCUCUACAAUGAUGUCGUCAGUUUCUACAGUGAGUGGCUACCAAGAGUGUCCUGAUCCCAAAGCAGAAAACUCCUCUAAAUACGCUCUACCCAGAGUUGUGCUGUACUCUCACAGCAGAUUGGCUGUAUUACGCUUUCCCAGGGCAGCAUAGUAAAAGUCCUAAUUCUAGUACAGUCAUACCUUGGAAGUUGAACGGAAUCCAUUCCAGAAGUCUGUUCAACUUCCAAGCUCCUGCAGCCAAUUGGAAGCUGCGGAAUCCCCAUCGGACGUUCGGGUUCCAAAGAACAUUCACAAACUGGAACACUCGCUUCCGGGUUUGCGGCGUUCAGGAGUCAAAACGUUUGACUUGCAAGGCGUUUGGGAUCCAAGGUAUGACUUUUUGAGGGCUUUUCCUCUGCAAUCCAUCUCUCCACAUGAAAGCUAGGACUUUGCUUGCUGGUAUAAAUGCCCCACUUGCUUUCCUUUCCAGGUGUAGAGGAAGAAAAGCGUGUAGAUAUUGUUCGCAAAACCCUUCAGAGUCUCCCGGAAGAAAAUUACCAAGUGCUGUGUUCACUGAUGUCCUUCCUUGUGCAGGUGAGCUGUCCCAAAGCAUUUCUUUGCACAGCAUAUAUGCAACAUCUGAAAUUCGCUGCCACAAGAUACGGUGAUAGGAACGGGCUUAAAUGGCUUUCAGGCUGAAUUAGGCUUUUCUCUCUUGUGAAUUUGCGAACUAUAGUGACUAAAUGGCUCCUGUGUGUUCAGAAGCAGAGUACAUCUGGAUCCUUGAUGCUGGGGACAGCCAAUGGGGUGGGAUUGUUGCUGUUACACCCCGCAAAAGGCUAUGAUUUACAACAUCUGUUUUGCCAUUUAAGUAAUCUGUUAAUGCUUUUCUCUGAAAGCUUGAAGCCUAAAUGAUUAAAAAAGGAGUUGGUGCAAAAGUAGGUUUUAUUUCGAUUAAUCAAUAGAAGAAAACAGUUUCAGGCUAAAAUUUCCAGCCUGUGAAGAAGCAAGAAUGAUUGCUGCCACAUUUUAGUGUCUCGUCUGCAAGUUAUCUCUUCAUGCAUGCUUUCCAUUGGAUGUUCCUUUGUGUAUAAGCCUAGAGUUCUCUAGAGGCAGAUGGUGAGGAACUAGGGAAGACAGAAUCAAAAUAUAUUUGUCUCUAAAGUGAAGUAUUUUCUUCCUCCCUCCUACAUAGGUCUCUGCUAACAGCGACAUCAACAAGAUGACCAACACUAACCUGGCCGUCGUUUUUGGCCCAAACCUGCUGUGGGCCAAAGAUGCAGCCAUUACCCUCAAAGCCAUUAAUCCUAUCAAUACGUUCAGCAAAUUCCUACUGGACAACCAGAGGGAGCUUUUCCAGAGCCUGGAGGCUUGAUUGAGAGCCUGUUUGUGCUGACACACCAUGUGUCCACUGUGACCACUUCCUUCCUUCCCUCCCCCUCCCCUUUUCCUUUCUACUUUAUCUUGGAACCGUGGCCAAGCUUAGAAAAGCAUAAGGUGAUGAGUGGAGUGAAAGAGGAGUAGGAGAUGGCAUUGAGUGUGUGUGUGUGUGUACACGUGUGCAUGAAAGAGGAAGAGAGAGAGAGAGAGAGAGAGAGAGAGAGAGAGAGAGAAGGGGUGGUCAAGUGGGCUGGGAAGCUGGCCUCCCCAUCUCUAGAAGUGGAGUGUCCAGAUUCCUCUUAAUUCCUUCAGUUCCCUUCCUUUCCCAAAUUGCUCCCAUCAAGUAGCUCUUCUUGUACCCCAGCAGAAUCCCUACCUCUUGGUGCCUGUGUGAUCUGGACUAAUAUGUGUUGCUGCAGUGGCCCUUUGGCUGAGAGGAAUCUAUUUCUACUUCUCUUCUUUGGCUCACAUUGGUUCUCCACAUGCACCCAAAUCAGUUCUGAGCAUUCCCAUUUUGGAAGGCUACGGCCGCUACUGAACACAACCAGCUUGCUACCCUUGAUGGAAAAGCUGACCCCUAGCCCUAUGGAAAACAUGGGGUAUAAAAGAAGAUUGCUUUGUCCUGGAAGUGCCCAUGUUUCUGAAUAGAGAGCUAUUUGUACAUUUCAAGGAACUCUAGCACUUGUGGUAGGUGCUGUUACAAUUUCCCUGCCAUGAUUUAAAGGUUAGUGCCCUCAGAUAUUGUGGAGCCCACUCUAUCUUUUUGUAAUGCCCUUCUGAAGAGAGUGUCUCUGCGAAACUGGCCUUGCCAUUAAGGUUUUCCAUUUUUUGGGGGGGGGAUAGUGAUUUUGUGUGUGUUUUGCUCUCCCCCCUGCCAGACAGUAGGAGUCAUGCAGAGGGUGUCUGCUGUGGUGGUAUUAGCUCUUCAAAAUGCCAAAGGCCAGAUUAAAACACUGCCCAUUCCUGUAAUUGAAGCACAGACAUCUGUGCCUCUGGUUGCUGCUGCCUUACCAUUGUGAUGAGAGCAUACUCAAGCAAAAGACAGAUCACUGAGGCCAAACUCAAUAACCUCAUGCAGUGCAGAAACCUCCUUGCCCCAAUCGACUGGGCAAUCUUGUGCCAAAAUUAGGGGAAGGUGAGUUUUCUCAUUGAAGGACCACUGCCAUUGUGUCCUUGUUCAGCUGAAAUAUAGUUGUUUUACGAAUACCAGAAUGGCUCUGAUGGACCCUUUGUUUCCUUGGCACAUGGAGAUAGGAAGCAUUGCUGCUCUUUUCUCUGACCUGAGAAAGGUUAUGCAGCCAUGCAGUAUGGUUAUUCCAUAGAUUCAUGCCUAUGUGAGUUGUUCCCCCUUUCAGAUCAGAAAGCUGAGUUAUGCUGAACUCUAAACUAGGCUAAGCCAUUGGCCUAAGCACAUAAGUUUUAAGCCAAAUGUGUUCUCUCAAAAAUAGCAGUUUUCUGCUGGGCCUGUAGAAGCUUUUGCUUUUUAAUAGUGUUGUAAAAGUGCAUUUUCACAAUGUAUUACUGCCAACUGUCGUAAGGCUAUUUUGUCCACACCCAACCCAUUAGUUGGCCCUGUAAAAUAGCAAGCUUGGAGUUUCACAGGAUUACAGAGAAGUUGGAGGUGUUUUUCUCCACCUUCCCAGAACCUGUGGUUUCCUGUCACAAGACAGUUAGAGGGAAGCUGGCAAGGUGUGUUUUGUAAAUGCACAGUAGGCUACUGUUUAAAACUGAAUAAAGGAAGGCCUGUGCUAUGGCUUUAAAGUGACAAAGUGAGCACUAAAAUCUGCAUGUGAAUUAUCAGUGCCCGUAGCCCAACCAGAUCCAGUGAAUUGGAUUCCACAUCUGUCACAGAUGGCUGGAAAUGGUGAAGUGAAGUGCUUGACACUAUUAUGAGGAGCUGACGAAUGUGUUGGUCAGAGUUCAUCAUCCUGCGUAAGGUACAGGAUCAGUCAGCAUAUAGGAAGUGUUCAGUCUGGUAACAUAUAAACUUGGUUCGAAAUUUUGGAACAACACAGCAGUUGGGAACAUUGAUUUUUCUGUUUAGCUGAGACAUGGAGAGGCUUUCACCAAGAACACUAACAAGUGAACAGCUAUGGGAGGAGCAAGAGCCUUUUGCCUUCUAGUAUCUCUUGUAUAGAAUAGUUUAGCAUGGUUAACUUGCUCGCUCCUGUUCGAAGUUCCCAGGUUAGAAGGAGAAGCAGCUGGUUUCUAUGGAAAUCAUUGCCUCGGAAAUGGAAGGCCCAGGCACUUUAGGAGACAAGGCUGCAGGUUCAGCCACUGCACUGUAACAUUAAUUCCUCAUCUUCUUUUAGGAUUAGGAGCAAGAUCAGGCAGGAGGGAGAAAGUGCUGUCAUAGCUGCCCAGUAACUCUUUUAUGAAGUCCACAGAUUCCCAAUUUGUGUGCGUGUGUGAUUUCCCCCACCCCCAAACACAUUGCAAAUCUUUGUAUUGCUAGCUACUGCACACAGUUAAAAGUGCACUCACAAAGCCCUGCAAGUAAGCCAGUGUAAUAGCUCUGUUGCUUUCCCUACUUUGUGGGAGCUUCCAGGACACCUGGAGUACAUACAUGGCAGCAAUGUCUGCUUUGUCUCACUGCCCUCUCCCCUCACCAUUUUUUUCCAUUUUCAAAUCUCUUACCAUUGUGGGUAAUCGGUGGAGCUGCAUGCUAGGCCUGACUGCACCCUACGAAUUAAGUUUGCAUCUUUGGCCAGUUAACUCCGAACUUCCUUCCCCUUCCCUUUUUUUGAUUGCUGCCAUGUGUGCUAUCUGAAUUAGGAUGGUAGGCAUCCAAGCAAGUGGUUGGAAUUACUAGAAGACCAGCAUCUCAAAGGGCCAAUUAUGUCCUUCCAUGCUCCUCUUGUAAUAGAGGCCAAGAGCUGGUUAGAUCGCCAUGGCUGCACAUUGUUUUCUGUCCUCCUGCAAACUUCCAGUGCUACGCCUGCUUGGCUGCCCUCUUGUCAUGUAGCUUCCAUGUUAGAUAUUGGCCACAGUGCUUCUGUGGGUGGAGCGCUCCAUCUCUAUUGUAUCCUUUGCUUGCCUAAUAAAGCCCAUCAGUGUCUUGGUACCCCCUGAAUACACUCUGUGCUCUCACCUCUAGCAGUCAGUCAUGUAUCUGUAGUGAGAACAGCUUAUGGGUGGUGCUGCUUAUGCUGAAGCUAAUUGGAUGCCUUGUGGUAGGAGUGAGGAACCUGUGGUCCUCCAGAUGUUGGACUCCAGUGCCCAUUAGCCAUAGCCAGCCUGGCCAGUUUUCAGGGAUGAUGGGAAUUGUGAUCCAGUAACAUCUGGAAGGCCACCGGUUUUCCACCUUUGCCUUAUGGCAAAUCCCUUUGCUGACUCAGCAGAGGUCUUUGAUGGCCAAGUGACCCCUGGUUGCGUGUUCUCCACUGGGGUCUGUAUGCAGAGUUUACAGCUUUGCUUUUUGUUGCUGUUAUCUUGCAUUUUUGUUCUCAUUGAUGUUUAUUGGGAGCAGGGCUGGGUUUUUUAUUUUUAUUUUUACUGUGACAUUAAUUUACACACCCAUGUUUAUUUCCUUCUAAUGGUACCAAUCUUGUAUUUCACAGUUUGCACUUUUUGUACUUCAAUAAAAACCCAAAGCCAAUACC